UUAUACGCCAAAAGCACGUUCAAAUAACAAAAAAAGCAAUACGAUUAUAAAUAAUAAUUAAUAAGUGGAAGUCGACCAGUAUAAUUUUGAAGGCAAUUUUACAAUUGUGUCAGUUUUUAUCACAAUUAAAGUACAUUAUUAUGUAGCAAAAUAUGUAUCUACUAUUUUCAUGGUCUAACGAUCAUCGUACAUAAAAAAUUAUACACAUAUGCACACCAUACCUACUUGUACGAGUAUAUGCACACUAGUACAAUCUCCCUAUUUUUUUCUGGCAAUUUACGUUAGGUACUUCUUUUCUCUGCAAUGGUGCAUGUUGAAUAUUAUUCUUCGCGGUGGUGCUAUUACUUUUAAUAAAUUCUCGCGAGUAUCUAAAAUAAAAUUCGCUUUCGACAAAUGUGCACUUUUCGAGCGUGUGUUGUAUUUUCAAAAAAAUUUCAAUCCGAGUGUCGGUUCUGUGAUCGCGUGACCUCGUCGUGUACCACCCACCAUCAUGUCGCAGUCGGAUCUUCGACACCUGUAUUUCGUGUUUUUAAGCGUGAUCACCUUGAUGACAGGAUUAUCUUCUCCUUUGAAUGAUUCCCAAAAUGAUACGAUCUCCGAAGUGAACCAAACUACCCCAGAUGAACAAACCACAGAGCCCCAAGUUCUGCCGGAUAUAUAUAGGUUGACCGACGAAGUAGUGCCCACCUUUUACGAGCUGAGAAUAGCCCCAGAUUUGAAGAACUUCACGUUCGUCGGUAAAGUAGAAAUUGCCAUCCAUGUGAAAUUUAAUACCGAUAAGAUCGUCCUGCAUAGCAAAAAUCUCACCAUAACGAGUGUCAAAGUAUUCAAAAUGGAUUCGUCGAGGGAAUUCCUCGACAGUAGUUACGAACUGGACGAAUCUAACGAUCUAUUGGUCGUUGAGACGGGACAGUCGCUGAUGUUUAACACUAAUUACAGCCUUAUUAUCGAAUUCCAAGGGGUAUUAAGCCACAGCAUGCGAGGAUUUUAUCGUACUUCGUAUAGGCCUUCUAAUACUGGUGAUGAAAAAUGGACAGUGGUAACCCAAUUUGAGCCGAAUUACGCCCGCGAAGCAUUUCCAUGUUUCGACGAACCUCGUUUUAGGACAACGUUUACAAUUUACUUGGCUCAUUCUCGAGAUCAACUCGCCAUAAGCAACAUGCCGUUUGAAAAUUGGCAACCAUCCGAUGCAAUGAGUGGUCCAGAUCGUGUAUGGGGAAAAUUCAGAAAAUCGCCACCAAUGCCAACUUACUUGGUAUCGUAUAUGGUGUCAAAUUUGCAUAACGUUGCUCAAACCGAAGGAAAUGUACGAGUAAUUGCGAGAAAAAAUGCUCCACAUCAAGCCAUCUAUGCUUUGAAACAAGGCACCAGAGCACUCAGACAACUCGAGGGGUAUACCGGUAUAUCGUACAUGUUACCAAAACUAGAUCUCGUAUCGGUUCCAGAUUUGGACGACGAUGGGAUGGAGAAUUGGGGUAUGGUGACUUUUAGAGAAAGCAGCCUGCUUACUGACGAAUCAAUGAGCAGUGCUGAACACAGGCAGGAGAUAACGCAACUUAUCAGUCACGAAUUAUCUCAUUUGUGGUUUGGAGAUCUAGUCACACCAGCAUGGUACAGUUACUUAUGGCUCAAAGAGGGAUUCGCUUCUUAUUUCGAAUAUUUUAUAACAUCAGCGAUCGAGCCAACAUGGAACAUUGAUCAAUUAUUCGUAAUAGAAAACGUUCACGAAUCUUUGCAACUCGAAGUAACCGCUCCAAGACCAAUGACAACGUUUAUUCGAAAAUCUAAACAAAUCGAGAACUCCUAUGACAUCAUAAGUUACAACAAAGCUGCCUCUAUCAUCAGGAUGCUAGAGCACAUGAUAUCACCAAGCACCUUCAGAAGCGCUCUUCAUAAUUUCCUCAACGAUGGAGAAAAAGUUCACGAAGGUGUGGUAAUCCAAAAAAAUCUGUUUGACGCGAUAGAUACCGAAUCGCAACGCUCUUCUCCCAUAAUUUCGCCUCAGUUAACGAUUUCCCAAAUAAUGAAAACCUGGACAGAAAGUAUCGGAUUUCCUUUAAUCAAGGUUUUGAGGAAUUACAGCGAUGGGAGCAUUGAAGUCACACAGGAGCCUUUUCAAGACGUCACAACUAAUAUAAUUUUACCUAGAAGUCAAAAUUGGAUUGUGCCAUUAACUUUUACAACAAAAUCUCGACGGCAGUUUAACAACACCAGACCAAUCACUUGGUCAACUGCUAAUGAUCCUACUGAAAUAUCAGAAAAUAUUUCAAGCACCGAUUGGAUUUUGUUCAAUUUGCAGAACGUCGGCUAUUAUCGAGUAAACUACGACAGACAAAAUUGGAACUUAUUGAUCGAUCAACUGCACCAAGAUCAUGAAAAAAUACACGUCUUGAAUAGGGCUCAGUUGAUCAGCGAUGCGUAUAAUUUAGCUUUUAACGAAUACUUGAGCUAUCAAGUGCCCUUGAAAUUGACUGAAUAUUUAUCCAAAGAAACCGAUAUGAUUCCUUGGUAUGCAGCCAUCAGAGCUUUCAAAAUGCUACAAUCCAAAUUACGAAACACUCCCAGUGAAGAAUUCUUUAAAACCUAUCUGUACGAUUUGGUGAAAAAAUCUUACGAGACUUUGGGAUACGAAAUCAAAUACAGAGACAGCCACGUCGUGAAAAUAGUAAAACCCGAGUUCUUGAGUUUAGCCUGCAAUUUGGGCAUAGAAGACUGCAUUCAAAAAUCAGUCGAAGAAUAUGAGAAAAAUAAAGCUGAUCUCGCCAAAGUUCAACCAGAUUUAAAACCAGUGGUAUAUUGUCACGCUCUGCGUAACUCCACAGAUCAACCAACAAUUCUCAAAUAUUUAUGGACCACAUAUAUAAGAUACGAAGUGAUUUAUGAAAGAAACCAGAUUCUCGCCGCUCUCACAUGUGCCACAGACGCACAAGUUAUCAAAAAGAUAUUAUCAAAAAUGUUCGAUCCGAUAAAUACGGAUAUUCGAAAAGAAGACGAACAAUACUUCUUAGAUAAACUGGAUUCGCGAUCUGAAGCAGUCACCGCAACUCUCCAAUUUAUUGACGAGAAAGUCGGCACCACUGUCGAUCUGAGUGAUGACAACGUUGAAUUCCUACAAGGUCUAUUAUAUUCGAUAAAAGACAACAUAAGAACUGAAGACCAAAUAGAACAAUUACGAGACUUACAAAAUAAAUUUAAUGUGUCUGUUGAUAACGACUACGAAGAAUUCACUGAUACAUUGAAAGCUGUGAUAUCCAUUUCGGAAGACACCAUCAAAGAUGCUGCUGCGAAACCCGAACGAGUUGAAAAAGAAUUCUUGCAGGCAGAUACGAAUGGAUCAGAAUCUUCAGAGUCAUCAGAGGCGACAGACGUGAUAGAUGGUUCCGAAGCUGGAAGUUCAGCAACUCUGAUUUCUAUCCCAAAAUUAUUGUGGAGUUUAAUUUCCAGCAGUGUAGUGCUCUGUUACUCUUUGUCAAGGUUCAGCAUAUCGUAAUCCCUAAUGUGAUACCUACGUAUGACUUCUAAUCAAGAUCUAGAUAAUUAAGUAUAAACUUAUAUGUGAUCUGUCACGAGAAAACCAACCUAGUGUCCAAAACGUAAAUUUUACAGGAAGGGCAUUUGAAGUUUUGAGUCUAUGUAUCAAGCGAUCCAAAAUUUGUAGGUCCAUGAAAGUUGCACCACUUUUGACCCCUAUGAGUGCCAACAUAACCCGAUAUUUUUUUUCGGAAUCAUCAGAUUCAAGGUUGCCAAGUCCAAUAAUUGAAAUUUAUUUUCCCAAAAUCAAGUUUUUCGAUUUUUUUGAAUUUUUUGCCAAGAAUGUUGCAAAAACUACCCGAGUAUGAAUUAUUAAUGAAGAAUAAGCUGUUAUUAUAAUUAAAUUUAUCGCGUUUCUUAACAAAGUUGUUCAAGGUGAAAAGAGUUGAUUUUUCCAACUCAAGCCUCACUCAAAUUUCAAAAUAUGGCACAAAUCCUCCAAAUGUGGGCCAAUUGUUGCAAAAAUUUUCAUUUCGACUCCCCAGAACAUACCUUUCAAGAAAAUCAAAAAAAAAAAUGUUUUUUUCAAUUUUUACUGUACUUGCUCUAUUUCUUUGACCUCAGAUUUAGGGUCAAGAGAAUCGUUCGCGAACGUUUCAACCCCCACAAUCGGAUUCAGCACCCUAAGUACUACUAAUAUCCACCAUAAAAAAGAUAUCGAUUUUUUGACACUAAGUUGGUUUUCUCGAGACAGAUCACAUAUGUACUUGUACAUUUGUAAAUAAAAUGUAUCUUAAGGAUCUAGAAAAUCUAUCAAACUCCAAUUAAACUGAUGACAAGA